GAAACAGGAGCUGUAAAUCUUGGAUCCUUCAGCUUGUGCCUCUCCAUGGCCAGCGCAGACAUGGCUGGGCACCGAGGAGCCGUUUGAUGGUUGUUCCCAGGCCACACUGACACUGCUCUGCCAGGAGGGAGAUGGGGAAGAGAUACUUCUGCGAUUACUGUGACAGGUCCUUUCAGGACAACCUUCACAACCGGAAGAAACACCUCAAUGGAGUGCAGCAUCUCAGGGCCAAGCGACUCUGGUAUGACAUGUUCCGAGAUGCUGCUGCUAUUCUGCAGGAGGAGCAGAGCAAGAAACCUUGUCGGAAGUUCCUGCAAACAGGACAGUGUGAUUUUGGAUCCAACUGCAGGUUCUCCCACAUGACAGAGCAGGACCUGGAAAAGCUGAGUGCCCAGGUGCAAGGGGAGCAGCGACUGAAGGAGCUGCGUCAGGAAGGAGCAGAUGUCCCUCCUGGCACCAUUGAGGACUGGCUGGAGAAGAGAGCAAAAAGACUGAGUGCAGCUCAGAAUAACAGCUCUCUGCCCGAGAAACCUGCGCCUUUCCAGUACCCGCUGGGCUGGCCGCCGGCGCAGGACCUGCCGCCGUCCCUGCAGCCGCCCCCGCCGGGGGGCUGGCUCUUCCCGCCCGGCCUGCACUGGGGCUGAGGAGCCCC